GGGCGGGCGGCGCGCUCAGCCCUGAGGAGAGGAGGCGCGCCUGGCUCCAGGCUGAGAGCUGCCGACGCAGGGCGGGCGGAACUGGCGGCUGGAGGCGGAGCCAGAGCUGGGGGCCCGCAGCGCCCGGGAGGCGGAGCAGGCGGCGCCGGUACCCGGCGGGCGGCGCGCAGGCACCAUGACCCCCACGGGGACCCAACAUUCGUUGGCCGGUCAGACCUAUGCAGUGCCCCUCAUCCAGCCGGACCUGCGGCGAGAGGAGGCCAUCCAGCAGGUGGCGGACGCCCUGCAGUACCUACAGAAGGUCUCCGCAGACAUCUUUAGCAGGAUCUCCCAGCGAGUAGAACUCAGCCGGAGGCAGCUGCAGACCAUUGGGGAAAGGGUCUCCCUGGCCCAGGCCAAGAUUGAGAAGAUCAAGGGCAGCAAGAAGGCCAUCAAGGUGUUCUCCAGUGCCAAGUACCCCGCCCCGGAGCGCCUGCAGGAGUACGGCUCCAUCUUCACGGGUGCCCGGGACCCUGGCCUGCAGACGCGGCCCCGCCGCAGGAUCCAGAGCAAGCCCCGCCCCCUGGACGAGCGGGCCCUGCAGGAGAAGCUGAAAUACUUCCCUGUGUGUGUGAGCACCAAGCCGGAGCCUGAGGACGAGGCCGAGGAGGGGCUGGGGGGUCUUCCUAGCAACAUUAGCUCCGUCAGCUCCUUGCUGCUCUUCAACACCACCGAAAACCUGUACAAAAAGUACGUCUUCCUGGACCCGCUGGCUGGCGCCGUAACAAAGACCCAUGUGAUGCUGGGGACUGAGACGGAGGAGAAGCUGUUCGAUGCUCCUUUGUCCAUCAGCAAGAGAGAGCAGCUGGAGCAGCAGGUCCCAGAGAACUACUUCUACGUGCCCGACUUGGGCCAGGUGCCUGAGAUCGACGUGCCGUCCUACCUGCCCGACUUGCCGGGCGUAGCUGACGACCUCAUGUACAGUGCGGACCUCGGCCCCGGCAUCGCCCCGUCGGCCCCUGGGCCCAUUCCAGAGCUGCCCGCAUUCCACACAGAGGUAGCCCAGCCUUUCAAGCCAGACCUAGAAGAUGGGGUGCUCGCAGCGCCUCCACCGCCGCCGCCGCCGCCGCCCCCUCCCCCGGCUCCGGCAGUGCUGGUCAGCGCUCCCCCACCUCCACCCCCACCGCAGACCGCGGCCCCUCCGGGGCAAGCCACCAGGGAGGAAGACAGCAGCGGCCUGUCUCCUUCAGUCCAGGGAGCGCCCAAGGAAGUGGUUGACCCCUCCAGUGGCCGGGCCACUCUGCUGGAGUCCAUCCGCCAGGCCGGCGGCAUCGGCAAGGCCAAGCUGCGCAGCGUCAAGGAGCGCAAGCUGGAGAAGAAGAAGCAGAAGGAGCAGGAGCAAGAAUGGAGGAUGAAGCGCCUGAACCUGAGGGUGUUACACAGGCUGCCCCUGGUCCACCUCAGCCCUGUCAUCUCCCCCUGGCUUUCCUGUUGCAGUGAGAGCCACCAGCCAAGGUGGGGACCUGAUGUCCGAUCUCUUCAACAAGCUGGCCAUGAGGCGCAAAGGUAUCUCCGGGAAAGGACCUGGGCCAGGGGCCAGCGAGGGGCCGGGAGGAGCCUUUGCCCGAAUGUCAGACUCCAUCCCACCUCUGCCGCCCCCACAGCAGCCCCCGGGAGAGGAGGAUGAGGAUGACUGGGAGUCCUAGGGGCUCGCCUUCCCCUUCUUCUCCCGAACCACGGGACAGCCAGACGGGCCCCUUGGAGGGACAGGGUUGUGGAGGGCUGUCCUGCUCUGUUGCCCGGACCUCCUUCAGGGAGCAGGGAGGCUGCCUUCUAAGGCCGAAAAAGGGGGUACUGUUACUCUCUGUGCCCUGCCCCGCCCCAGAGAGAGCUGGAGGGAAAGCAGCUCGAGUCAAUAAAGACAGAUGAUGCAGGAA